CCGGGACGCGCUCCGCCCCGGAAGCGCGCAUCCAGCCUCCGUGGCGCGCUUUUGAAAGGAAAAGCUUCUGUUUGUAUCCUUCUCGCAGGUGUUAGCGGUACUCCGGGUGUUGAGGCGCCAAGAUGAGCAGGACCCGCGACGAGGUGGACGCGACGCUGCAGAUCGCCAAGCUGAACGCCGCCGAGCUGCUGCCCACCGUGCACUGCCUGGCCUUCGGCCCCGGGGCCAGCGGCGGCGAUUUCUGCCUGCUGGAGCUGGAGCCCGCGCUGUGCCAGCAGGUGGAGGCCGGGCACAGUUUUGUAAUUCGCGGUGAUAAGGAGGAGCAAGCUGUGCUGUGCAGUAAAGACAAAACAUACGACUUGAAAAUAGCAGACACCUCAAAUCUGUUGCUUUUCAUUCCUGGGUGUAAAACACCUGACCAGCUGGCGAAGGAAGGGACUCACUGUAACAUUAUUCACAAUGAGAUCCUCGGUUUUUCUAAUAAUUACUGGGAGUUAAGAAGAUGUAGACCUAAAUUAAAGAAGCUGAAAAAACUUUUGAUGGAAAAUACCUAUGAAGGACCUGACAGUGAAAAAGAAAAGGAUUCAAAUCGCUCAAAAUAUACAACUGGUGAUUUGCUUGAUCAGAUUCAGGCAAGUGAGGAGGAAAUAAUGACCCGGUUGCAAGUUCUAAAUGCCUGUGAGAUUGGAGGUUACUGGAGAAUUCUCGAAUUUGAUUAUGAGAUGAAACUUCUGAAUCAUGUGACUCAGCUUGUGGAUUCUGAAUCUUGGUCAUUUACUAAAGUUCCACUGAGUAUAUGCCUCCAGGAACUCGGACCAUUGGAGCCAGAGGAAAUGAUAGAACACUGUCUUAAAUGUUAUGGAAAGAAAUACACAGAUGAAGGUGAGGUUUAUUUUGAACUGAACGCAGAUAAGAUAUGCCGAGCCACCGCCCAGAUGCUGCUUCAGAAUGCAGUCAAGUUCAACCUUGCUGAGUUUCAAGAAGUCUGGCAGCAGAGUGUCCCUGAAGGAAUGACAACGAGGCUCGAGCAGCUUCAGGGUUUAGCAUUGGUUGAUAGAAACUCAAGGCCAGAAAUCAUAUUCUUGCUGAAAGUAGACGACUUACCCGAAGGGACUCAGGAACGUUUUAACAGUCUAUUCUCUCUAAGGGAGAAGUGGACAGAAGAAGAUAUCGCUCCAUAUAUUCAAGAUUUGUGCGGAGAGAAGCAAACCAUAGGUGCAUUACUAACUAAGUAUUCUCGUUCUUCAAUGCAAAACGGCGUUAAAGUUUACAAUUCCCGAAGACCCAUUUCUUGAAAGAGCACGUGUUUUCUUUGGAACUAAAGUUGCAUUAUAAAAAUGCUGGAUAUGAAAGGGGGAAAAGGAUACUCUUCUGUUACUUUUAUUCCUGAGUGAAAACCUUUGCUCUUCUAACAUGUAACAUGAUAACGUUUUUCUUUUUAU